AUGGCGCAAAUACGCGGUACUGCGGGCUACAAUCUCGGCCACCAGAGUCCCUUUGCUGCCGGCCCAGGCAGACAAGACGCUACCAGCGACCCUAGUCCAUUGGAGACAAUUCGUGAGCAAACCAGUAAAAUCGAGGACUGGUUGGAUACUCUCUCCGAUCCCAUCAAACCAUAUAUUCCUGCCAUUGGCCGUUUUCUCAUCGUCGUUACCUUCCUCGAGGAUUCACUCCGUAUCGUCACGCAAUGGGGCGAUCAACUCAUGUUUCUCCGGGAUUACCGUCACAUCCCCUGGGGUAUCACGCAUCUCUUCCUCAUCCUCAAUGUCCUCGUCAUGCUCUCCGCUUCAGUCAUGGUCAUCGCCCGCAGGCACAGUGAAUACGCAGUAGGUGGAUUGUUAGGUGUGGUCGUCACGCAAGCUCUCGGAUACGGUCUCCUCUUCGACAUCAAUUUCUUCCUCCGCAACCUCAGCGUUAUUGGCGGUUUGUUGCUCGUCAUUUCCGAUUCAUGGGUGCGUAAGAAGUACAUGCCCGCUGGUCUGCCGCAGCUCGACGAGAAGGAUCGCAAGAUGUACGUGCAACUCGCUGGCCGGGUGCUGUUGAUCUUGCUCUUCAUUGGGUUUAUUCUUGCUGGCAAAUGGACUUUCUGGCGCGUGCUGGUCAGUCUGAUUGGAUUCGUUGCUUGUGUGAUGGUCGUUGUUGGUUUCAAGGCCAAGAUGAGCGCUGUGAUCUUGGUCAUCUUGUUGAGUGUGUUCAACGUGUUGGUCAACAACUUCUGGACGCUCAAACCCCAUCAUCCCAACAAGGACUUUGCCAAGUACGACUUUUUCCAGGUUUUGUCCAUUGUUGGUGGUCUCCUCCUCCUCGUCAACAUGGGCCCCGGUCAAUUCAGCGUCGACGAGAAGAAGAAAGUCUACUAA